CCCCCUCCCCGUCAGCUCAAGUCCAAGGGAGUUGCAGCCCAGGCGGGCAUUCGGUCAGUACAGCUGGCGCCCUCAGCUCGUGCCCAACGCACUCUGACAGGCUCCUCUGACUACCGUCGCCGUCGUUGCUCUUCGCAUCUCUGCAGCCCCAGAACCGAACUCCGAGCCAAACUCCAAGCCAAUCUCCGAUCCCGACCUACACCUCGACCCCCGCCCCAACCCCAACCCCAACCCCUGCCCCGACCCCAGCCACGUCCCCGGCCAGGGCUUCGGCCCCGGCCCCGACUGCAACAAUGGCUAUGGCUAGAGUCUCGUCGCCUCGGAGCCUGGACCACAUCGACCUGUCCACUCUGAGGGAUCCAGCAGGAAUAUUUGAACUAGUACAAGUGGUUGGAAAUGGUACCUAUGGACAAGUCUAUAAGGGUCGCCACGUGAAGACUGGACAGUUAGCAGCCGUCAAAGUCAUGAGUGUUUCAGAGGAUGAAGAAGAAGAAAUCAAAAUGGAAAUCAACAUGCUUAAGAAAUAUUCCCAUCACAGGAACAUCGCUACCUACUAUGGUGCAUUCAUAAAGAAGAACCUUUCUGGCCAUGAUGAUCAGCUCUGGCUGGUGAUGGAGUACUGUGGAGCAGGCUCAGUGACCGAUUUAGUGAAGAAAACCAAAGGUAACUCCUUUAAAGAAGACUGGAUUUCUUACAUCUGCCGGGAGGUACUACGGGGCCUUUCCCAUCUUCAUAUGCACCAUGUCAUUCACCGGGACAUCAAAGGACAAAAUGUCCUUCUGACUGAAAACGCUGAAGUAAAACUGGUGGAUUUUGGAGUGAGUGCCCAGCUGGACCGGACCGCUGGCAGAAGAAACACCUUCAUUGGGACGCCAUAUUGGAUGGCACCAGAGGUGAUUGCAUGCGAUGAAAACCCUGACUCGACCUACGAUUACAGAAGUGACUUGUGGUCCCUUGGAAUCACCGCCAUGGAAAUGGCCGAGGGCGCUCCACCCCUCUGUGAUAUGCAUCCCAUGAGAGCUCUCUUUCUCAUCCCCCGGAAUCCUCCUCCCAAACUGAAAUCCCGAAAAUGGUCUAAGAAGUUCCUCAACUUUAUUGAAAAUUGCUUGGUUAAAAAUUACAUACAUCGUCCCUCCACUGAGGCUCUGUUGAGGCAUUCAUUCAUUCGAGAUUUGCCAAAUGAACGACAAGUUCGGAUCAUGCUCAAAGACCAUCUGGAUCGAGCCAAGAAAAAGAAAGGCGAUAAAGACGAAACUGAAUAUGAAUACAGUGGAAGUGAAGGUGAAGAGGAGGAAGAGGAGGAGGAGGAGGAGUUAAAUGAAGACCAAGGAGAGCCCAGCUCCAUAGUUAAUCUUCCUGGUGAAUCCACCCUCCGACGAGAGUUUCUCAGGCUGCAGCAGGAAAAUAAGAAAAACCCAUUUUCAAAGCAGCAACAACUGAGGCGAGAACAGCAGCAGCAGCAACAGCUGCUAUGGCAACGUUUGGAGCAAGAACAGCAGGAUCUACAGCGAAAGCAGCAAAAUCUGCAGCAGGAGCAGCAAAAUCGGCAGCAGAAGCAGCCAGAUCUACAGCAGGAGCAGCGAGGUCUGCAGCAGGAGCAGCCAGAUCUACAGCAGGAGCAGCGGGGUCUGCAGCAGGAGCAGCCAGAUCUACAGCAGGAGCAGCGAGGAAACAGGAAACUACAAAAAAAACCAGAAGAUGCUCCAUAUGUCAAAAAAUUUCAUCGGACCCUUCCUAAAGAUCAAACUCAGCUGUUAUCUCUACAAUAUGAUCAUAAGCCACAGAACAAAGAGUCUCCAAAGGCUUUGAAAAAGACUCCGGAUUCCUCCCCAAGCAGCCCAAAGAAAGAGAUGAACAUUAACACAAAGAAAUCUGAGGGUUCCCAGACACCUUUGAAUUGGACCCUUGCCCUUGCCCACGACUCUCCUCCCCAUACUCGGGUGAUAUCUGGCAGUAGCUCUAGUCCUUGUACACCAGCUUUGCAGAGGACAGGAAUAACAAAGAAUGAGAAUCUCCGGCUGAGUAAAGACAACCACCACAGCUACUCCCUCUCGGACGUGGCCAUCAGGCCUAAAACCUCAGUGCAAGAUGAUGUCUUUUGGAGCAAGUACCCAGUUGAAGAUCAGCCUCCAAAGGUCCCAGAAAGAACGACCUCAAGAUUCCGCAGCAAGGAUAUCAUCAACCAGGCUCGCCGCCAUCCAAUUGGUUCCCAGCAGCCGUCCUUUGGGGGACGGGCUCAGAGGCCAAAGAGUAACAGUAAAUUCACUGGCAACAGACAGUGGGCGAUGGAAUGUCGUCUGACCAACAGAGCAACAUCAGGAUCUUCUAGGCCUGAACUUCCCCUGACCAGGGCCCUGGAGCCACUGUACAAAAAUGGCGAAAGUGCCCCUCCACCAGUACAAAUCAUAGUUCCUGGUUUCCUUAGGGGAAGAGAUAAUAUCAAACUGUUCUUAAAAGCCUCCGAAUUUUCAUCCUCCAGUGAUGAGAUUGUUAGCAGUGACGAGGAAGAAUACUAUUACUCAAGGCACCACUUAAGCAAUGGAGGAUUGGAUUUCCCAAGGACAAGGGCCCCAAAGGGACCAGAGAGGAAAGCCAAAAGCAGAGGAGUUGAAUCAAAGGUUUUUUGUUGCUGUUAUGAAGAUGGUCAAUCAAAAAGAAGCAUUUGGUCAAACGUGACAUUACUGUCAUCCUCACGUAUGGUUGCAAGUACUAAAAACAAGUCAUCCAAAAGCAUCUCCUCUUCCACCUCAUCAUUCACCUCAUUUUUCGAUCCCAAACUCCUCCAGCUCACUCCUCCGUCCAGCCCCUCAAGACGUUUCUUUGGCUCCUAUGAAGAGAAAUAUGAAUUUCGUGGGAAUUCAGGAAAGAGGAAAGCCUCUGUUGUCAAUGUCAAUCCCAUCAAUGCCCGCCCACAGAGUGACAGCCCCGAAAUCCGCAAGUACAAAAAGAAGUUCAGCUCCGAGGUUCUCUGUGCAGCUUUGUGGGGUGUCAAUCUGCUGGUAGGAACAGAGAGUGGGCUGUGGCUGCUGGACCGAAGUGGCCAAGGAAGAGUUUACUCUCUGAUAAGUAGACGCAGAUUUCAGCAAAUCGAUGUCCUGGAAGGGCUCAAUGUGCUGAUCACCAUUUCAGGAAAGAAGAAUAAGUUGCGAGUGUACUAUUUGUCCUGGCUGAGAAACAAGAUUUUGCGUAAUGACCCUGAGAUGGGAAAGAAGCAAGGUUGGAUCUCUGUGGGAGACUUGGAAGGCUGUGUGCACUACAAAGUCGUUAAAUAUGAGAGGAUCAAAUUUCUCGUUGUUGCUUUGAGGAAUUCAGUUGAGGUCUAUGCGUGGGCACCGAAACCGUACCACAAGUUUAUGGCCUUUAAGUCAUUCCACUCCCUUUAUCAGAAGCCUCUGGCAGUUGACCUCACAGUGGAAAACGGACAGAGACUGAAAGUGAUCUAUGGCUCAGUUGCAGGAUUCCAUGCCAUCGAUGUUGAUUCUGGGAUGGUUUAUGACCUAUACCUACCGACUCAUAUCCAGGGGAGCAUUCAGCCACAUACUAUCAUCAUCCUGCCCAAUACCAGUGGCACAGAACUUCUGCUCACCUAUGAAGAUGAAGGCGUCUAUGUUGACAUAUAUGGACAUUUCACUAAGGAAUCGAUUUUGCAGUGGGGAGAAACCCCAGCAUGCGUGGCCUAUCUCCAGUCAAACCAGAUCAUGGGCUGGGGAGAGAAAGCAAUCGAGCUACGCUCUGUAGAAGCUGGACACCUGGAAGGAGUGUUUAUGCACAAGAAAUCCCACAAGCUCAAAUUUCUGUGUGAACGAAAUGACAAGGUAUUCUUUGCCUCUGUCCAAUCUGGCUCCAGUCAGAUUUACUUUAUGACCCUUGGGCAAAAUACACUCUUCAACUGGUAAAUGCUGGAAGAAAUGGUUGGAUAUUUCCAGGGAUUGAAACCGUGUCAAAUACAAUGAAGUUUGCACACAUGCACACAUUUGCACUUUUCAUCUGCAAAUAUCUUGUCAUUCAUUCAGUUAUCUUUCCGUUGUAUCGUUCAGGAAAAUGAUGAAAACAAACAUGCAGCUUAUAAUGUAGCAUAGAGUAAUUCCGAUGAGAAAUGCAGCUUAUAGAGAAUUAUUGCAAGCUCUAUAUACUCUCAAAGGAGUGUGCUCUCUUUUAUAGAAUUAUUUUAAACUUUAUUACUUUAACUUUUGAUAUAUUAACCUUUACUUAGUAACUCUGUGUGGAUUUUACAGUGUAGGAUUCAUAAAAACCUGCCACAAAUGUUAUUCCAGGCAAUUUUUGGAACUAUUGGCAUUGCUUUUUGUCCAGAAGAAAAAGAAAUGAUGCAAAUCAGAACUAAUUUUUGAAAGCUAGAACCAAAUGCUAAGUCAUAAGAUAGAGAUGACAGAAACAAUGCCAUAAACCAAACAAAGGUGGUGCCUUGGUUCCAGGAGCACACAUAACAGAAUAGGAGAAAGUUACAUCCAUUUUCUCCCUGCAAAGUUGAAUGACCUGGACAUUAAACUUUGUCAAAACACAGAGUAAUAACUAUCUAUCUAUAUUAGUUUUUCCCCAUAUUAUAUCCAUUUCCCUGUAGUAUAAAGACUUUUCCUCUGAUACUUGGUCUCCCAUGAAUAGGAUCCUGAGCACCUAUCAUUGAUGGUUUAAGGAAAGAGGCUUUCAAAUGUUGCAUAGACAAUGACUGCUUUGACAACUCAUGGACAAUAUACUUGUAUUCUUGGCCUGCUAGACACAGAGACCGAAGAAUGGAUUUUAAAUUAGGUAUCUAUUAAAUCUAUUAAAAUCUCACUCCAAAGAAAGACUGAUGCCACAAUUCUGAUCCACUCUACUUUCCAAUUUGCACUCCAAUUACUGAAAAUGGGCAACAUCUAUUCCCAAUGAUUGUUGAUUGUUGAAUAGAGGAGUGGCAAAAUGGUAUAGUGGACAGACUCUGGACACGGCACCAGGAAUACUUGUGUCUGACACUUAGCUGGGAGGCCCUGGGCAAGUCACUUAACCUCCUUGAGUCUUGGGCAAUUCUAGAUUUGUAGUCAGAGGAUUGGGAUUCAAAUCCCAGCUCUGCCAUUUAACACCUGUGUGACCUUAGAGAAGUCACUUAUCCUUCCUAGGCUUCACUUUCCCCUCUGUAAAACGAGAGGGGUGGACUGGAUGGUCUCUGGGGGGCCCUUCUAACUCUAGAGCUAGAAUCCUAUGACUACAAGUUAUGAAUUGCUCAAGGUCAGCAGAGGGAAUUUCAAUAUGAUUAUAGUCACCUGUCAUUGACUAUUGCUGAAUAUUAGCUACAUUAUAAGUCAGGCCUUUCCAACAUGUAUAUCAAGGGUGCUGGUUGUCUUUUUACAGCUUUGCGAGUUGCUAAAGAGCCAAUGAAAAGGGAGGAGAAAAGGAAAGAAAGAAAAAAAUUUCCCAAAACACCCAAUAUAGUCCAUUACCAAGUAAAUGAGGACUUGUCUCUAGAGUUUCCUUUAUAGACAUUUAUAUUUCAGGGGUUUGUAUCCUGGCCACAUAAAGUGGGAUUAAACUUGAUAACAUAUAAUCUUGGCUCAGGAUUAAUGAAAGACUAGUGAUUUUUUGUUAUCCUUAGCUACAUAUAUAAUAAUUUGCUUUCAAAUGAGUAGUACUAGAAUUUCAGAGGCUCAUCUGAAAUGUGUUGGCAAUAAGUAGAUGAAACAUUUUAGUUUGCUUAAAGAUUAGAACUCUUUGAAAUAAUUAGACUGAAAAGUUAAGUCUUGUUCCAUUUCUACUGUGCCUGUGAGUCCCAACAUGAAUCAGGUGUCCGGGAUGUCCUAUGUGGUAUACCACAGAAGCCAUCCAGCUAAGUGGCAGCAAGUACCUCUACCCUCCCCCCCCCAUCUGUCCUCAAUCCCACAGUGAUUUUCGUGAUUGAUGGGAAAGUGACAGAGCUGCCUGUGCUCUCUCCACCAUCUCUGGCUAGCCAGCGCAUAUGGAUUUUCCAAGCUACCUGUUUGGGUAUAAUGUGUGCGCUAACUUUCUCAUGUGUGCUGUCAACACAGACACGCAUGGUUACUUAGCACCAUAGUGCCAGAAAUGGAGAUUUUUUUUCUUUUUCUCAUAGCACAAAUCAAGAGUUUGGCACACUAUAUAUUAGCAAUUAGGAAAAUGUGAAUCUAAGAAUUAAAGAAAUCAAUGUGAUUAUGAUCUUUCCAUAACUGUGAUAGUUAUAUAAUCUGAAGAAUUGGCAUGCCUUUUAACUGCUGACAUCUGUAUUGAUUUUUUUAAAAAAGAAAAUGCACUUUGAUGUUAAAUAAUUUGCUUCAAAGUAUAAUCUUCAUUAUCGGUACAAACUCUUACCUGUUUGUACAGCCAAGUUCCAUGAGCCAGCUCAAAAGACAUAAAAAGGAAAAACAGAAUGUUGGUUGAACUUGGAUUGGUUUGAGGCAAAUGAGACAUGCCAUGCUUGAACUUGAGAAAUGUUGUGCAUUUUAAGUACUGCCUAUGAUGAUAAUAAUUAGAUACGUUUAAGUUGAAUUCAUGCUCAGAACUUACAUAAUUAAUUUCUUCUGCAUAACAUACUUGCUCAGGAAAAAAAAAAGUUGAGAGCGGUUUUAAAAAAUGUACCUCAGAGGACUAUCUUUUUUUAAGUAGUCCUUGGCCAUAAAUGUUCUUAGGUGCUCUGGGCUCUCAUUCUGUAAAACUCUAAACAUUUGUGGGAUGAUUUUCUUUUCCUCUAAAGGGAAAGGAAGAAUUGUUAGGAGAGAAGUUCUUUGAGACGCCCCCCAAUAUCAAAGCAGGAGAGAUUACAGGUUAUCUAAACCAGAAAUUGCAGCUGAGUUUGAGUUUUUCAGGAGGUAAGGAUGAGCGGACUAGAGUGAUUGAUGACAAGAUGGAAACAUUUAAAGAAAGAUGAGCUGCCAAUUCUGGUGAUCCAACAGAAGGAAGUGAUGGGAGUAGUUUGUUAGGGCCGAAAGACCCCAAGGCCCUCCACAACUGUUAAGGCAGGAAGCAUGGUACAAUGGAAAGAGCUCUGGAUUUGGAGUCCGAAGACCUGAGUCCGAAUCCUUGCUGUUCCUUGUGUGAUCUUAAUCAAGUUAGUUAGUCUCUCUGGGUGUCAGAGAGCUUUACUUCUCUGUAAAAUGACAGGGUUGGACUGAAGGAACUCUGACGUUCCUUUGCAACUCGAAUUCUAUGAGCCUAAAUUCAGUCAACAAGCAUUUAUUAAAUGCCUACUGUGUGCCAGGCCCUGUGCUAGGUACCGGGGAUGCAAAGACAAAA